GCAGCCAGUCUGGUAUUUCCGCCAUCGACACCGUGUCAGAAUACCGGGCCGGCUGCUCAGCUCUUCUCUGCAGCAGGACCUUACCUGUUCCUUGGUCCAGCGCUGCACAGUCUUCCCGUGCCAGCAUCUUUAGUUUGGGCACCCGGCUGUGACAGCUGGCGCUUCUCAUCUCCUGUACUGUGUCCGCAGUCUCUGGUCAUCUCCUGUACUGUGUCCGCAGUCUCUGGUCAUCUCCUGUACUGUGUUCGCAGUCUCUGGUCAUCUACUGUACUGUGUCCGCAGUCUCUGGUCAUCUCCUGUACUGUGUCCGCAGUCUCUGGUCAUCUCCUGUACGGUGUCCGCAGUCUCUGGUCAUCUCCUGUACGGUGUCCGCAGUCUCUGGUCAUCUCCUGUACGGUGUCCGCAGUCUCUGGUCAUCUCCUGUACGGUGUCUGCAGUCUCUGGUCAUCUCCUGUACUGUGUCCGCAGUCUCUGGUCAUCUCCUGUACUGUGUCCGCAGUCUCUGGUCAUCUCCUGUACUAUGUCUGCAGUCCAUUGGUUCAGAAUAUUUUUUUUUCUUGUUUUUCUCCUCUA